AUGUCUUCAGCACCAACAAUGGAGAAGCCUACGCAGGACCUCGACUCUGCCGAUGAGAAGGCCAGCCAGUCUGGCGAGGAUUCCGGCCGCCCCUCGAACCAGUCCACUGGCAGGAAGCCCCGCCGGGGUAACAAGAAGUCCAGCAAGAAGGCCAACACAGAUCUGAACCAGCUCUCGACAGGCGGUGUUGAGGGCGUCGCCGACAACACGGCCAAUACCAUGGGUGACCUGGGAAACAAGGCGAUGGACAGCAAGGAUGAUAGCAAAGAUACCCUUCGUCUUCGCCUCGAUCUCAACCUAGAAGUCGAGAUUCAACUCAAGGCCCGCAUUCACGGCAAUCUUGAACUAGCCCUCUUCAUGUGA